GUUUUUUUUUUUGUUUGUUUUUUUAAAGGAAUUAUAGCUAAGAAAAAGCACAAUGGAGUUUUACGAGUCCACCUACUUUAUCAUCCUCAUCCCUAGCGUGGUCAUUACAGUCAUCUUCCUCUUCUUCUAUCUUUUCAUGAAAGAGACUUUAUACGAUGAGGUCCUGGCCAAACAGAAAAGGGACCUGAAGUUCCAACCCACCAAGGCCGACAAAAAGAAAACCGAGAAGAAGAAGAACAAGAAGAAAGAAGCCCAGAACGGCAACAUCCACGAGUCCGACUCUGAGAGCGCCCCUCGGGACUUUAAGCUGUCUGAUGCCCUGGGCACGGAGGAGGAGCAGGUGCCCCCCGUUCCCUCAGGCACGGCCGAGGCGCCCGCCGGCGUCCGGGAACGGAAGAAGAAGGAGAAGAAGCACAAGGCCGGUCAGGAUGAUCACGUAACUAAGGACUCGGAAGGAUCCAAGUCUUCAGGCAAGAAAGUAGAUCCAGUCCCUGUUACAAAACAGCCCACUCCACCAUCCGAACCAACAGCAGCUAAGAAGAAGCCUGGGCAGAAGAAGCAGAAAAAUGGAAUGGAUGAUCAAGAUAGUAAGGCUGAUUCUGUUGUGCCUCCUGCCAAAAAGCAAGAACCUGUGCUGCUCCACCAGGAGAUAAAGCAAGAAAAUGUGUCGGGGAAGAAGAAAGUCUCUGCAAAGAAGCAGAAAGUUGAUAAUGUUUUGGUGGAUGAACCUCUUAUUCAACCAACUACUUAUAUUCCUUUGAUGGACAAUUCUGACUCUGGCACUUUGGAAAAGCGAGAAGCGGUUGAAGUAGUAAAACACAACGUGAAUGAGGGAAUCCAGAAGAGCAGUGGCAAGAAACUGAAGAAUGAAACAGAUAAAGAGAAUGCUGAAGUAAAAUUUAAAGACUUCGUGACGUCCAUGAAGAACAUGAUCUUCACCGAGGACGAGGCCCGUUGCGUGGUGGAGGUGCUGAAGGAAAAAUCCGGUGCAAUCCACGACUUCUUGCAAAAGGCCAGCAAGGCUGAGUCGGCUGCAGCUCUCCAUCAGCUCCAGGACAAAGAGAAGAUGCUCAAUGCCAUGAAGGAGGAGGCAGCUGUUGCAAAGGAGCAGUGCAAGCAGCUCUCCCAGGAGCUGGUUGCAGAGAAGGAGAGGAACGGUUUGCUCACGGCGAAAAUGCGAGAGCGCAUCAACACUCUGGAAAAGGAGCACAACACUUUCCAGAGCAAAAUACACGUGAGCUACCAAGAAUCUCAGCAGAUGAAGAUCAAGUUCCAGCAGCUCCGUGAGCAGAUGGAGGCAGAAAUCAGCCACCUGAAGCAGGAAAACGGGAUCCUGAGAGAUGCUGUCAGCACUUCCACCAACCAAAUGGAGAGCAAGCAGUCGGCCGAGCUGAACAAGCUGCGCCAGGACUACGCGAGGCUGAUGAACGAGCUGGGGGAGAAGAGCAGCAAGUUGCAGCAAGAGGAGCUCCAGAAGAAGAAUGCAGAGCAGGCAGUGGCUCAGCUAAAGGUCCAGCAGCAGGAAGCAGAGAGAAGAUGGGAAGAAAUCCAGGCUUACCUCAGGAAAAGAACGGCAGAACACGAAGCAGCACAACAAGAUGUGCAGAAUAAGCUUGUGGCCAAAGACAAUGAAAUCCAGAGCUUGCACAGUAAACUUACUGAUACAAUGGUGUCAAAACAGCAGCUGGAGCAGAGGAUGCUGCAGUUAUUGGAGGCUGAGCAAAAGAGAGCUUCUGAGGAGGACUCCAUGCAAAUGCAGGUGCAGGAGCUGAUAGAGCAGAAUGAUGCUUUGAAUGCUCAGCUUCAGAAGUUUCAUUCACAAAUGGCAGCCCAGACUUCAGCUUCAGUCCUGGCAGAAGAACUCCACAAAGUGAUUGCAGAGAAGGACAAACAGAUCAAGCAGAUGGAGGACUCAUUAGGCAAUGAACAUGCCAACCUAACCAGCAAGGAGGAAGAGCUCAAGGUCUUACAGAACAUGAACCUGUCCCUGAAAUCAGAGGUCCAGAAGUUGCAGGCUCUGACAAAUGAACAGGCUGCUGCUGCACAUGAGCUGGAAAGGAUGCAGAAAAGCAUUCACGUCAAAGAUGACAAAAUAAGAAGUCUUGAAGAUCAGCUUCGAGAAGAACUUGCCCAGAUUUCAAACACAAAAGAAGAAUUCAAGGUUCUCAAGGAUCAAAACACAUCUCUGCAAGCUGAGGUUCAGAAGCUGCAGACUCUCCUGUCUGAGCAGACAAACAAAGACUUGAUAGAGCAGAUGGAAAAAAGCAUGAGAGAGAGGGAUGAGAAAAUCAAGACAGUUGAAGAGCUGCUGGAGGCAGGACUCAUACAGGUGGCUAAUAAAGAGGAGGAGCUCAAGGCACUGAGAACGGAAAAUUCAUCCCUGAGAAAAGAACUUCAAAGUCUGCAGAUUCAGCAAUCGGAGCAGGUUUCCUUCCAAUCACUGGUGGAGGAACUCCAGAAAGUGAUCCACGAGAAGGACGGAAAGAUAAAAUCAGUGGAAGAACUCCUGCAAGCUGAAGUCCUAAAAGUGGCAAGCAAGGAGAAGACUGUUCAGGCUUUGACACAGGAAAUAGAGGCUCUGAAAGAAGAAGUAGGAAAUUCCCAGCUUGAGAUGGAGAAACAGGUGUCGAUUACAUCACAAGUCAAAGAACUUCAAACUCUGCUGAAGGGGAAGGAAAAGCAGGUGAAAACCAUGGAGGCCUUAUUGGAAGAGAAGGAGAAAGAGAUUGUUAAAAAAGGAGAAUGUCUGCAGGGUCAGAAGGAUACAAUUGCACAAUUAACCAGUAAAGUUCAGGAGUUAGAACAACAGAACCUGCAACAGCUCCAACAGGUACCAGCUGCAUCCCAAAUCCAGGACCUGCAGAGCAUGUUGAAAGGGGAAGAAGAACAAAUGAAGAAGUUGAAAGCUGUGGUGGAAGAAAAAGAGAGAGAAAUUGCAAACCAAGUAAAGCAGUUGCAGGAGGUGCAGAAAGAAAAUGAAUCUUUUAAAGCUCAAAUACAAGAAUUAAAGCAGGAGAACUGCAAACAGGCAUCCCUGGCUGUCCAGAGCGAGGAGCUUCUCCAAGUGGUUGCAGGCAAAGAGAAGGAAAUCGCCAGCCUCCAAAACGAGCUCGCCUCUCAGAGAAACGCCUUUGAGCAGCAGAGGAAAAAGAACAACGACCUUCGGGAGAAAAACUGGGAAGCAAUGGAAGCAUUGGCAUCAACUGAAAAAUUGCUGCAGGACAAAGUGAACAAGACUGCCAAGGAGAAGCAGCAGCAUUUGGAAGCUGCCGAGGUGGAGACACGUGAACUCCUCCAGAAGCUGUUCCCUAAAGUCUCUCUUCCUUCUAAUGUGGUAAGAGAAAAACGUGUUUGCAUCUUUGAAAAGUGCCUCGUGGAACGUGACUCCUGUGGUCCUUUUUUUUUUCCCUUUGCCCAGGCUAUGGAGCAGAAGUUGAAGGAGGCUGAGGAAAUGCACAUCCUGCUGCAGCUGGAGUGUGAGAAAUACAAAUCUGUCCUGGCAGAGACGGAGGGGAUUUUACAAAGGCUACAGAGGAGUGUGGAAGAGGAAGAAAGCAAAUGGAAGAUAAAAGUUGAAGAAUCACAGAAGGAGCUUAAACAGAUGAAAACUUCAGUCACUUCUUUGGAGCACGAGGUGGAGAGGUUAAAGGAAGAAAUCAAAGAAGUUGAAACUCUUAAAAAAGAGAGAGAACAUUUGGAAAGUGAACUAGAAAAGGCAGAGAUAGAACGAUCCACUUAUGUUUCAGAAGUCAGAGAGCUCAAAGAUCUCUUGACUGAAUUGCAGAAAAAACUUGAUGAUUCAUAUUCUGAAGCAGUAAGACAGAAUGAAGAGUUAAAUUUGCUGAAAACGCAGCUAAACGAAACACUAUCCAAACUCAAGGUUGAUCAAAACGAGAGACAGAAGGUGGCUGGCGACUUGCCCAAGGCCCAGGAGUCUUUGGCAGCCCUUGAGAGAGAAAUUGGAAAAGUUUUUGGGGAUGCCAACGUUAUUGAAAACAGCGACGUUUGCACAGAGUCGGAAUUGACUGAUAAAAGACUAAAUGUGGCGGUGAAUCUUAACCAGGAUGUAGGUCAUCUCAAGAAGCUGCUCGUGUCAAUAAGCCAAAUGCUGGCAAAGGGAUGAGAACACUACCAGAGGGCAGAGUGAAGUCACGGGGGAAUCGUUAAUUUGAGGAUAGCAGAAGGCAUUGUAUUAUAUUUUGCCAAAUUAAAGCCUUAUUUAUGUUUUCACCCUUUCUACUUCGUCAGAAACACUGAACAGAGUUUUGUCUUUUCUAAUCCUUGUUAGACUACUGAUUUAAAGAAAAAAAAAACCCAACUCUGUAGACACCUCCAGAGUUUAGUUUUAUAAUAAAAACAAACCUGUUUGGAUAAUUAGACCUUUACAUUCCUGGAGAGACAGUAAACACAUAAUCUUUUGUCUUAUUUUGCUCAAUAAAACUUGUUCAGAAAACUCCAACGUGGUAAAGUCACCAGUGGGAUAUGACAUUUUAAUACUGAUGUUGUACACUGUUUUACUUAAUUACAUUUUUGGGAUUAGCUGCCUCUGACUUCAACCUCAAG